UCUUUUCGAAUAUAUUUAUAUAUUUCUGUUUCUUUUUCUUUCUUCACGAGUUCACAUAUGGAUAGGGUGUCUUCAAUGGAUGAACUAGCGGAUCACUUCUUGGCACCUCAGCCGCUUCCGAUGCGGCUGGACGUGGCGGCGGAGGAGCAUGAAGAGUCAUCCUCCUCAGCAGCUACUCCGGCGGGCUCAUCCACGUCGAAUAACAAGAUGAUGAUGAAUCGUAGCUCCUCUGAAUGGGCUUUCCAGCGUUUUCUCCAAGAGGCAUCUGCACUUGAUGAUUCAUCCUCGCAACAACCUCCGACGUCGGGUUCUGCCACCACAUCAAACGACGUCGUCCAGACUACUAAUCAUAGUGACUUUAAUAUUAAUAAUAAUAUCAGUAAUCGAAAAACGGCGGCAGAUUUGGGGGGCCCACCACCUGCUAAUAUUCCGACAGAUUCCGAGGAGUACCAGGCCUACCUUAAAAGUCGCCUCGAGUUAGCCUGCGCCGCCGUCGCAUUGACGCGGGCAACUAAUUUGAAGCUUCAAGAUUCAACAUCUGCAGCACCUGGCAAUGGAUCACAGGCCUCUAUUUCUAUUACACCGCAGCAGCCAGGUUCUCAAGUUCCUCUUAAAGGAGCUGGGAAUGAUUCAUCAAAGGGACAAGAUAAGGUUGCCAGUGGACCACUUGGGUUCUCUUCCCUGCCUGUUAUGCCUAGGAAAUCUGGUGGGGCUCAGGUGAAGUCAAUAACAAGUGGCUCAUCUGGAGAACAAUCAGAUGAUGAAGGUGAUGGAGAAACUGAGACAACUCAGAAUAUGGACCCUGUAGAUGCAAAGCGCAUAAGGAGGAUGCUUUCAAACAGAGAAUCCGCCAGACGCUCGAGAAGAAGAAAGCAGGCCCAUUUGACUGAGCUUGAGACAGAGGUUUCUCAAUUAAGAGCUGAAAACUCUUAUUUGUUAAAGAAACUAUCUGAUAUAAACCAAAAGUACAAUGAAACAGCUGUUGAGAACAAAGUUCUGAAAGCCGAUGCUGAGACAUUGAGAGAAAAGGCAAAAGUUGCAGAAGAGGCUAUUAAGAGAGUAACCGGUUUAGGCCCACCAUUCCAAUCUAUAUCUGAUAUAUCCACAAUGGGCAUGCCAUCUUUUGCUGGUAGUCCAUCAGACACAUCAGCAGAUGCUGCUGUACCUGUACAAGUGCAAGUGCAAUAUAACACAAAGCAGUGCUAUUAUGAAAGUGCUCCAUCGACUCGUGAUCUUGGGUUACAAAAUGGUUUGGUAGAUAUUACUCCAGCGGAUAAUGUACAACAGAAUGAUGAAACAGGCUUGGGGAACAACAGGGGAAGAACAGUUUCUAUGCAGAGAAUUGCUAGCUUGGAACAUCUGCAAAAGCGCAUACGCGGGGGAGGAGAGCAGCAAUGAGCAGUAGAGUAUCUAUUAUUCUUCGACUAUUCAUGUGCAUUUGUUAGAUUUAAACACCCGAUUAAACAAUUCUAACUUUAAUGCAUAACUUUUACUUCAUUGGUA